AUGCUCGAGAACGGUCACUGUCUUCCGCCGUUGCCGCAAAAUCAAUACUGCUUCAACCACUGCACACUCAAGACAGUCCCCACAACAUUCACCAUGACAAUCGAAGAACUCACCACCGCCCAGUCCGAACGCGUGUCUGUCCCAACCAUGCGCCUCGGAUCUGUAGGACAAGACACCCAUUUCAUCCCCAGAGAAGGCCGCGACGAAACCCACCACCUCCAGAAAUCCAUCCUCGCCCUCGCCCACGAAGUCUACAUCAACACCGUCUCCCCCAACGCCACCCGCGAAUCCCUCCUCUCCGCCUUCUCCCUCCGAGCCUUCCGAAUCCCAAGUCACGGCCACCCUUACCACCGCAUCGUCCUCGCAACCCGCGAACCCGGCCACAUGGUCGUCAGCGGAGCUCCUCACGCCGAAAUCGACGGGGCGCAUCGAUUGCUCUACGACGCCGUCAUGGCUUGGCGGGAUCAUGCGAAGCGAAGGUUUGGUGGUGGUGGUGGUGCGGCGGAGUGGUUGGACGUUGCGUUUGAGGGGAUGGUGGAGUGGGAUGGGGAGUUUGCUAUGGGGACUUAUGAGCUUAUGCGUGGGGAUUUGGGGGAUCGGAGAUUUGGGGUGACGUUGGCGCUUGCGAGGGAUGGUCAUCGCGAUGGGUUUAGGAGUCCGGGGGAGUUUCAGGGGUAUAUGUUUGCUUUGAUGAGGUGGGAGAGUGGAAGGGGUGGGAGAGGGGUGGGGGGUUGUGGGAGGGGGAGGGGGACGGGGGAGGUGAGGUGGUAG